AUGUUACUGACAACUUCAAACUCAAGUAUAAUUAAAAAAAUUUGCUCUCAUCAAGAGUCACAUACAAAUGGCGUAAUACCUUGCGGAAAUGAUCAACACAACUUAUUAGAACCAAUUAUUAUUGAGGGUAAACAUCUCACUUUAGAACAAUUAGUACAAAUUGUUCGUAAUCAUCGUAACGUGGAAUUGUCUGAUGACGCUGAUAUUUGUAAUCGAAUGGAAAAAUCUGUCGCUAUUAUUGCAGAUGUUGUCAAUGCUUCACAACCUCUUUAUGGAGUCACAAGUUUAUUUGGUGGUCUUGGAAAUCGACUUGUAUGUAGCGAACUUGCUGAAGAGUUACAGAAUAAUCUGAUCGAUGUAGCAGCUCUGCUACUUGAUUUAACUGAUGGCUCGAAAAUGAUGUAUGAUGCACUCGAUGGCAAAUUAACGAAGCGAAGUGUAGAAGCUCUAAUUCAAGAUCGAUAUUCUUUACGAUGUUGUCCACAAUUUCUUGGUCCUAUGGUCGAAACAAUGCAUGAUAUUGCUCGUAUCAUCGAAAUCGAAAUGAAUUCUGCGAAUGAUAAUCCGCUAAUUGAUACUGAUACCGGUAAAGUUUACUGUGGUGGUAAUUUUCUUGGUGAACACGUAGCUAUAGCCAUGGAUAGACUUAGACAAACUGUUGGUCUUUUAGCCAAACAUUUAGACGUACAGAUCGCUCAACUGGUUACUCCGGAGUUCAGUAAUGGUCUUUCCGGCUGUCUUGUUGGUAAUCGUGCUCGUCAAGUAAAUAUUGGUGUAAAAGCUCUUCAACUCACUGGAAAUUCCAUCAUGCCCUAUCUACUUUUUCUGGGUACAUCAAUGGCAGACAAGUUCCCGACACACGCUGAGCAAUAUAAUCAAAAUAUCAAUUCAAUGGGUCAUAUGUCUGCAUGUCUCGCUCGACAGUCGAUUGUUGUUUUAGCUCAACAUAUUAGUAUUUGUCUUCUAAUUUGCGUUCAAGCACUUGACUUACGAGCUAAUUUGAUUCAAGAGGAACAGACCGGCUAUGAUGCUCGUCCACUCUUAUCCGAUAAAAGUCGACAACUGUAUGAAGCAAUCAGGUCAGUCAUCAAUGUGCCCAUUAGUAAAGAGCGUCCAUAUAUUUGGGAUGAUGGCGAAUAUGCAUAUGAUGAGCAAAUCGCUUCUAUAACUGCUGCUCUUACUAUCAAUCAAAAUAGUCAACUACACAAAGCGUUAAAAUCUACCAUUGAUUGGCUCCGUUCAAAGCGAUACUCCGAUCAAACUCCGUCAAAAUGA